UGUUACAAAAUUUAUCUAACCAAUAAUGGUCAUUCAGCGAAGUUGGAAAAUCCCCACCGAUGUGGGGGGUUCCUUAAACAGCAACACCACAUCAGCGAACGAAGUGCAGCAGCGUUCUUCUCCGGGCAUGCAGCUGCAGGCAGCAAACUCCUCCUCAGACGACUCCGACUGUUCCAAUCAAACCACUCAUUCAAUGGACACACGGGUGGCCAGUCCGGUGGAUGGGGUAAGAAAGCAGGCGGAGAAGGAUGCGGCAGCAGAGAGCAACACAAUCACCUUGUCCCUGCUGGGCGAGUCCACGUCCUCGGAUGCGGAGUCCUCGCAGAAAUAUGUAACCACACCAGACAUGGCGGAGAACAUGUUGCAACGCAUUCGCCAAAGACUUGGUGGUUCACAUAACACGGAAAGCGGCGGCAGUGCAGAGUCCGCCAUGAGAGCUCUGGAACUUCUUAGGAUUACUGUACAACAAGCCUUCGAUGCGGAGGUCAACGAGAUAAUCAAACGAUACAUGCAAAACUAUUUUAAGCCCGCUUUUGGCAACAUCAAGGAGAACCUUGGUCAGCAUACAGUCAACGAGGAAACGUUGCAGAAGAUGUCAUCAUGUGCUCUGUUGGAAAACGCUAAGGCUCAGUACACGACCUUUGUGCGCCAGCAUCGUUUGGUGGCUGGCGCUACGGAGCAGCAGCGCAUGGCUCUCAAACGCACAGCUAAGCAAGAGAUUAACCAAGUUAACAAAGUAUUUGCUCCAAACACGGGCUUUGUGGCCACCAAACCGAUGCCCUGCACGGCCACCACGGUCAACCAGUUGCCCACCCAGAACCAACAACCUGCACCUCAGCCUCUUCUGCUCCAACAACCGGAGUUGCAAACAGUUCAGCCCUUGCAGCCGCAGCAGGAACAAACACAAACUCAAACGCAAAACCAACAGCAACAGCAGCAUCGCCCCGCGGUUACUCCAUUGGUGGGUGGCACUCUGCCCACUCCUGUCCGACGGCAGAUAUUCUGGAACACCGCUCAGAUCUCCACCACCACCAAGUUUGUGCUGGAUGUGCAGGCCAACCUAGCGUUUGGUUUUGGCACUGACGGUAAAGAGCGUUUGGCCAGCAAGCAUCCGGAAUUGAUACGCUACCUGCCGGAUGGCGAGGACAGGGAGUGGCUGGCCACUCGGGGCAUUAUACCAGCCGAGAAUCGCAGCUCGCGGUUCUUGUUUCUAAUCUACGAUGAAGUAUGCCGUCUGCAGCAAACUCACGACCUGUAUCGCCACAAAACCAACAUUGAUCUCAGCAUGAUGCUCACGUUUAGUGUGACCGAAGCCAUGAUACACAAGAUGCGCCUGUUUUUUGUGGAUCUGAAUAUAAAGAGCCGCGGGCUUAUAACCAAUUCGUAUAUUAUGCCCAGCCAGCAGCAGUCGGGAAAUGCCAACAACAGUCAUCUGAGGAAUGCUCUGCUGCAGGGCGCCUCAGCGCAGCAGCAACAACAAGUAGCCACGCCGCCGUCUGAAGAAACCGUGCUAAAGGAACUCCCGGCUGCUUCUCCCACUCCCUGCUUGCAGGGACAGGUGGUGGGCAGCACGACAACGCCGCUUAAGACCAAGCUGGCUGCCAGUUCCACCCUCAGCUCCUCGCACGCCACACUUACGGCUUUGCUGAACAACGGAGGAGUUGUUGUGGGCUCUACUCCGGCAGGCAGUUCCGCUCCCAGCACCAUUGGGAAAUUUAGAAAUUAAGUGAAGUGUUAGUUUAUUUUUCGUUGCCUGUUACCAAUCAAAAAAUUGUAUGUAUCUUAAGUUGCUGGUUGAA